CGUACGUACCAAAUAAUGGAAGCUCUAUUGCUCUAAGUGCACGCAGCUCAUGAGAGGCUGUCGGAUCGGAGUACUUUUUGAUUAAUUAAUUAGCUGCAUACAAAAUGGCCCAUAAAUCUUGCUGCGACAAGACAGGGCGACCCCUUGGUCAAGGAGUCCUCUUGGCCACGUCCACCACCGCCGGCUAUAAGUGGCAGCUAUAAAUGGCAGCGGCAGAUGUCUAACGGUAAUUAGUUGACCACUCAAGUGACCAUCAUGCACAUCACAGUUGUUUUCCUCGUAUUCACCUGGGCUUUUGGCCACAGUCACGCAGCAACGACAAUCCUCCAUGCCAACGGUCAGUUGGCCAGUGCGAUUUCCCACCAGAGUUUCACCAGGUUGUCCUCGGCAGAGCCACUAAUCCUCCAGCCCCAAAAGCAAACCCAUCAGCUUGUUGUUCCCUCGGCGAGGAUUAUCAAUCAACACAGAGCAGAGGAGCAGCAGGUCAAGAGAUUUUUCCAGGAGGAGCAGGUGGAGCAGAUACCGCUCAUUUCCAGCCAGACACCCGCCCACCUCACCUAUGCCGCCCAUCCGGUGGUGCACCAGAUGCUGCCCAGGAUUAAGCCUGUGCGGAACAUAAGCUACGACUCCCUGGUGCCAGGACCUCGCAGCCUGGCCACUAAUCACAACCUUUCACCAGUUUAGAAU